AUGAUAUCACGAUCAUCUCAGUUUUACUCAGUACUCGGUAUUGCUUUAUUCUUCGGAACAUUUGGAUUCAAUGGGCUAUUCGUCUUUCUUAUUUGCAUAUUGUGCUUCGUUAGCGGGUUUUGUUAUGUUAUUUAUACUCGUGGAGAGGACAAGUCGAAGGAGCUGGCCUCUGAUUUCACAAAUCUCAAAGAUUUCAAGUUUCCACCGGGUAUCGCGAUGUUUCUCAGAAAUAAGAAUCGCUUCAGUGAUAAAUCUAUGUAUGAACAAAUACAUUCGAUGACAAAUUGCCAGUCGAUGGAUGCUGUUCUCGAACAGAUGUUAUCCUUUGUGAUGCGUGACUAUGUUGAUUCAUGGUACAAAAAAUUGACAGACGACGAACUUUUCAAAGAGAGUUUAAGAAGAACAGCACGACGUUCUGUGUCAUCUCUUUCGCAGUGCAUGCGUCAAGUGGAUUGGGUUCCUUUUAUUACUCGCCAUGUUGCUGACGAUUUCGCUUCCCAUCUUAGGUUAUAUCGGAUGGCAUUAGGGCGCCGUCUAUCCUCUCUCUAUUGCCAUUUUUUCGAUUUUGAAUUGGAGAUGGAGAAGACGAUUUGUCGGGACCUUUUGUGCACAACACCGCACUAUGAGAACGCGUAUCUUCACGAUGUCGUUGAUAUUGUACUCUAUCUUAUUAUGCCGCCUGAAGAUUUUCGUUGCAGGCCGCUGAGAUUUCUACUUCGGGAGAUAAUUGUGCGAAGAAUUAUUAUUCCUCUUCUUGACCACUUUUCUGAACCUGACGAAAUGAAUCAAAUUCUCAUCAGACUCUUGAGCGAAAUCUCACCGCGACCUGAUGACUUCGUCGCGUGUUUGGAAAACAGUGUUUCCAUUGAUGAACUAGAGGCAGUGUACAAGUCGGUGCAGGAUGAGAAGAUGGUUUUGCGUGGGAAAGAUUCCGGCGGUGAACAAGGCGUUUUCGUCAAACAACAGCUAAGCAGUCUAGAUUUCGUUGAUGGCCUCAUAAGGAAGAAGCUAGUUCUUUUGACCAACAACACCGCCCGUGUCAUCUCAAAUGACGAUGGCUUAGUGCAGCUUCCUCUUCACGUAGUGCUGACAAAUGGAGUCGCAGUUUCAUAUUUCAUUGACUAUCUUCAGACCGUCGGUGGACAAAAUUAUAUAGACUUUUAUUUAGCCAUAGAGGGUUUCAAAGUGUCUGUGGAACACCAAUUGAGAACGCUUUCUAAUGGGGAAACGGUCGGGGAUGAUGUCCACGAAACGAUCAAGGAAGCAGCACAAUUCAUGUAUCAGCAGUACUUGUCACAAGAAGCAAUCACGCGAGUUCCUUUGGAUGAAAGCAUCAUUUCCAAGUUCCUCACCCGGAUCGAAAGUGAUGAGCCUUGUGAUUACUGGUUCGAGCAGAUUCAAGAAAAAGUGGUUGAAAUUCUGCGCACCGAUGAGCAUUUCUAUCCCGGUUUCAAGAAGAAUCCAUUAUAUCCGAAAAUGCUUGCUGAGUUGGGCAUAACAGGAGACGAAGAGAGGCCGGAAACACCAGCAUCUGACACUGGUUCCGCAUACUCGGUUCUUUCUGACCAUGAACAACGCUGUCGAAAAUUGCCCUCUUUCUCAUGGGGAGAUUUCCAAUCUUUUAUGAUCAAUGAUGGAAAACCAGUUACGACAGCGAUUGUGGAGACUUUAGGUAUCGGAUUCCAGGGUAAGCAGUCGUUUGCUCUCUACAAUGUACGUGUGAGUAGAUCAGUAAAUGGGAAGAAAGUAAGUGGGUGGAAUGUUUUACGUCGAUACAGUGAUUUCCAUACGCUACACGCCUUCAUUGUUCACAAGUAUCCCAAGCUUUCUAAUCUCUCUUUUCCUGGAAAAAAGACGUUCAACAACCUGGACGCUCAUUUUCUUGAAAAAAGAACCAAGGCGUUAAAUUUGUUCCUGGAGUGUGUCCUGCAACCUGCGAUGGUGGAAACUCCCACUUACGAUCGCUAUUACUAUAUUUUCGACGUUUCUAGCUUCAGUGAAAUUAGAACUUUCCCUCUUAUAUUGUCACUUAUUUUCCAGGUGAUGUCUGCAAUGUUUGAUCCGAUUAAAAUGAGUGUGAAAGCAGUUGGCAAUACAGUAUUGUCUGUUCCUGAUCAGGUAUACGGUGGAGUUUCGAAGGUUGGGGCUGGCAUCAAUAACGCUGCCAAGGUUAUAAUUGUGAGUAUGGCGCCUGUGAUUGAUACUGACCGCGUUGCUGCUUCAACAUCCGAUAACAUUCCACUUCGCGUUCUCGUUUUAUUUGUCGAUGAGGUUUUUGGAGUGCGAGCUCGAAACGCAUGGUUCCGCCGUCAAAUGGUGACCGUUCUUCGCCAAUUCGUCACUCCGUUUGGUACUUCGAUCAACAAAAGGAUUGUAGACCUCGUACAUUGGUUAACUAGCGAACAGCAAGUCACAAUGUAUUUAACAGCCCUAAGAGACUCGGUUUGGCCCGAUGGUCAGUUGGCCGGUGACAGUCCACCCCGAUCAUUAGAAUCACGAGCAAGAGCCAGAAUCCUGGCCAAGUCGCUCAUGUUGUCGGCAUUACCGGACGAAUUACGAUUGAUUUUAGGAGCAGAAACUACCUAUACCGGUAUCAAUACGAUAUCAAACGCUUUACAAAAUAAGCAACUUAAUCGACGACUUCUUUAUGUUUUACUGGAGAGAUUGCUCAUAACAAUAUUCCCAAAUAACAGGCUAGAUAAGAUUUUUGCCCGUUUACAUUCUAAAAGUCCCCGGUCCAAGAGAACAUAG